AAAAGCUCAUUUUUGCAUAUUAUUGAUAUACAUUUUUGUUCAGUAUGGCAGAUAAGGAGUUAAAAUUACUUAAUAAAGUUGAAUUUCAUUUGGGUUUGGCAAAUACAGAUAUUGAAUUAGAAAACACAUUAAAAACAUAUUUAUGUCCUACACUUUUAAAAUUAGCAAGUCCUUAUGAAAGUGUUCGAAAAAAAGUUCUUCAAAUUUGUAGUCAUAUUCGUCUGCGGAUUAAAUCAAAUGAAGAUAUAAAACUUCCAAUAGAUAUGUUGCUGGAGCAAUUUCAUAGUGAAACUGUUGAAAAUUUUGUGAAAAAUUUUACUCUUUUAUUUUUAGAAAUGGCUUUUUUUAGAUCAAAUGAAGAAAAAAAGAAGAAAAUGUUAUCUAAAUUAAUACCAAGGCUUUCGACUUAUUUCAUUGAGCAUAAAAAAAAAAUUACAUAUCUGAUUUUUCAUAUUUUAGAAAUAUAUGGUGAUCCUCAUAAAGUAAAAAUAUGCGAAUUUGAAGAUGAUCAAUUUUUAAAAUCCGUUUUUGACGCUUUCUCGGAAGAUUUUGCAUUUUUGGCAAAUGUAUUUAAAGAUUUAUCGCUAUUUUCAUUAUCAUAUUUUCAUUCUUUGUCUAAAAAAUUAUCUAAAGAAAAAAUUCAGGAACUCUCAUCUCUUAAUUAUCUUAAUAACACUAAUUUAUCAUUGGAUGAUGCAAAUUUCUCUUUACAAAUAUCUAUCUUGAAAAAAACAUGUCCAGGGCUAUCUUUUAAUUCUUUUAAGUUUUUGACUCCAAAAGGAUUAGAUACGUUUAACAUAGAUGUACUCAAUAGAAUAAAAAUAGGGGUUAUCCAAUUUCUUUCUACAUCUUAUUUUUCAUUAGAUCAAAAAUUUGUCACAUUUAUUAUUUUUAAAUUUGAUGCUGAUUAUAAUAUUAGUUCUUUUGCUGAGGCUUGUCUCAAAAAAUUAUCUAUUGAUUUAGAAAAUGAAAAAAUAAUUAAUAGAAUAUAUAGCCUUUUGAUUGGAAACAAUAAUGAAUUAGAGACAGCCAAGAGGAAUCCUGUUUCUGCUCAGAUCUAUAUACAUUUAAUAUAUCUUUUGACGAAAAGCUAUUUUGCUGCAAAAAAUGUCGAAAAUAUGCUUAAAUUACUGACUUAUGGUUUACAAAAUAAUGUGCAAAAAAUAGUACAGGCAACAAUUGCUUUUGUUAAUUGGAUUGCAAGAAUAUCACCCGAUGAUAUUUUAAAGCCUAUUAUUCAGCCCAUUUUAACUUUAAUAAUAAAUUAUAUUCAGAAUGAUGAAGAUAAAAAUGAACAUUUGAAAGAGCAAUUAUUUACAUCUUUUGGACUUAUUGCUAGAAGAGAAACAAAUUAUAUAGAUAUUUCUGUUUUAAAAUUUUUAUUUGAUUCUCUUAAGAGGGAAACAAAAUCAGUUAGGUUUUCUAUAGAACAGUCUCUUUUUUUAAUAAUGCCUUGUUUUCAAAAUAUUCAAGAGAAAUUCUUAGAAGAAUUAAAUUCCUUAUUGUUUCAAAUUAUUACCUCUGAUCAUACUGAUGCACAUUUUUCUGCACUUCGUUAUUGUUUAGCAAUUUUUCCUUUUCAUGAAAGUAGGGCAAGAAUGUUAUGUUUAAUUUGUUUAAGAGAAAAUUGUAUCCCUAAAGUUAAAGAAGAGGCAAAAAAGGGGUUAAAUCCCUAUUGGUUUUCAGUAAUUAAUCAAAUGAAAGAUAUAAAACAGAAUCCAAAUACUGUUUUUUCAGAAAAUAAUUAUAAUUUUUUUUCUUUUCCUGUUUUUGAAGAUCUGAUAGAAACACUGGAAAAUCAAAGAUUGAACGGUGAUGGCGAUAAUUUUUUUAGUCAUUAUUUUGAAUCACUGUCGCCUAGUAUUAAAAAUUAUAUGAUAAAAUUUAUUCGGCAGACUCUAAUUAUGAAUCUUUUGCAAAAUGAUGAACAUAUUCAAAAUUUUAGUCCUUUAAAUAAGACAUGGGAAGAACAGCUUGAUAUUGCUAUUAGUGAUAAUGAGGUAUUUAGAACAACAUAUAAAAAAAAGAUUGAUAUAGCAUGGAAUAAUAAUACUAAGUUCAAAAAAUAUUUAAUUAAUUAUUUUCAAUAUGUUCUUAAGAAUUUUUAUGAAACGCCUUUAGAGUUUGCAUAUGAUGUUCUUGAGUUAAUUUCACUUGGGCCUGAUGAUCUAACAGUAAUGCUAACAGAUAAAUUUGAUUUAUUUCAAACUUUUCUAUUAUUUUCUAAUGAAAAUUUGGAAUACAAUAUACCUCAUAUUUUAGGGAUUGUUGGCAGUCAUUUUAAUAUAUCAAUUGAAAAGAUUACAGAAUUGUUAAUGUUUUUUACUCGUUCUGAAAUAUCUCAAACUAAUCGACAAUUUUUGUCAAGUCAUUCGUCUUUAUUAUCUUUGGGAUAUUUAUUAAGUCGUUUAAAACUUAGAGGCCGUUUAACUACAGUUAAUAUUGAUUUACUAUAUAAAUGUUAUAGUUUUAUUAUUGAGAAAGUAUCUUCAAGUAAUAAACUUGAAAAUAUUUCUGCUCUGGUAGCACUUGGCGAAUUAUGUAUUUUUGAUACUCUUUCUGAUUUUAAAAGUUCAAAUGAAGAGAAAUUUAAUUUUUUAAUUAUGACAAUUCUUGAUUUAUAUAAAAAAUCUAAAACAGAUAUUAAACUUCGAGAAAUUAUAACUAUCACUUUAGGAAAAAUUGCAACUACUAUGGAUCCUAAACAACCUGAAAUUGACUCCAUUUUAAAUUGUAUAUUUGAAAAUUAUCAGACUGAAUAUGUUUAUUCAUAUUUUAUUGAUGGAGAAGCUCUUUCAUGUAUUGCAAUUGGAUGGAAAUCCAAGUUUCUGUAUAAGUUUGUUGAUAUGUCUAUUUCAGGUAUUCCAGAAACGUCUAGACCAGAACAUAUGGACUUUAUUUUGAAAAAAAUACUUCAAGAGUAUAUAAUAAGUUCAAAGCCUUCAUUAAGAAAGGCGUCAAUAAUAUGGCUUUUGUCUUUAAUUCGAUAUUGUGGAGAAUCUUUAAGUAUUCAAGAUAAUAUUUUAAUUAUGCAAAAUGCUUUUAUACUAUUAUUAUCAGACAAAGAUAGUUUUAUUCAAGAAUUGGCAUCAAAAGGAUUAAAAUUAUUAUAUGAAAAGUGUUCUGAAGAAGUAAAAUCUAGUUUAGUUCAUGAUCUUAUUUUAUGUUUAACAAAUAAAAAAAAAAUUAAAAGAACUAUUACAUCCGAAACAGAGUUAUUUGAUCAUGAAAUUCAUCAUGAAAACAAUACUUCAAUAUCAACAUAUGGUGAUGUUUGUAGUUUGGCGACAGAAUUAGGAAAUCCUGAAUUGGUAUAUCAAUUUCUUAAUAUUUCGUUAAACUCUACUAUUUGGCAAACUCGAAAAGGUGUUGCUUUUAGUAUUAAUGAAAUUAUUUCAACUAAUACAAAAAUUGAUAUUAUAAAAAAUAAUCCUGAAUUAUUUAAAAAAAUGAUAUCUUGUUUGUUCUUAUAUAAAUUUCAUCCAAUAUCAGAUGUGAAAAAAGUAAUGGAAAAUGUAUUCAGUAUUUUUGUUAAUAAUUCGGAAAAAAUUUCGGAAUUCAAUAAAGAUAUUAUGGAUAGAUUAUUAAAAGGACUUGGUGAUCAAUCGUGGUAUAUUCGUGAGGCUAGUUGUAAUGCAAUUGCGCAUUUUCUUCGAACACAAACAGUUGAAAAUAUAGAGUUUUAUCUGGAAGAUAUUAUAAUAAUGAGCUUUCGAGCAGUUGAUGAUAUAAAAGAAACUGUUCGGUUAGCUGCAUCUGUUUUAUGUCGUUAUAUUACAUCUUUUAUUAUCAAGAAUAUUGAUUACAGAAACAAUAAAAAAAGCAAUCAAUCUAUUAUUUUAGAAAAGAGUAUUCCUAUUCUUUUAAAAAGUGUAAUUUCGGAUAUUCAGGAAGUGAAAGGAUAUGCCUUAGAUACUUUAAUAAAAAUAUGCGAUACAGCAAAAUUAUCUCUGAAGCCUUUUAUUCCUGAACUGAUUGAUAAUUUACUGAAUUUCCUUACUGAAUUAGAGCCUCAAGUUAUGAAUUAUUUAGAAUUAAACACAGAAAGAUUUGAUAUAACUCAAGAACAAUUAAAUGAUGCAAGGGUUUCUUUACUUAGAACGUCUCCAAUUUUGAAUGCAAUUGAAUCCUGUAUAGAUCAGUUUGAUGAAGAAAUAGCCCGAAAAACUAUACCCCUUCUUCUUAAUAUUACACAGAAGGCGGUUGGUCUUCCCACUAAGUUGGCAUGCUCCAAAGUUAUUAUAAGCAUUAUUUUAAGAAAAAAUGAUUGCGUUUCUUUAUAUGCAAAAGAUGUAUUCCGAGUUUUUCAAGAAUGCCUUUUUGAUAGAAAUCAUACAGUAAGAAUUUCUUUUUCUAUCUCUUUAGGAUAUAUAGCACGUAUUGCAUUAAUUGAAGAUUUGAUUUUAUUAGACUCUAAUUUGAAAAAAAUCUAUUUUGAAGAAAAAGAUGAAAAAAAAUUGAUAACUGUUGCUUCUGUAUAUAAACACAUAUCGAUUUAUGCUAAUGAAAAAUUUGUAUCUUUAUUUUAUUUAUUUCUUCCAAUUGUAUUUUUAGGUAAACAUGAUCAAUUUGAAAGUGUUAGUUUUCAGUUUAAUGAGAUAUGGAAUGAAAAUGCUGGAGGUAGUGGAUUUAUAGCUCUUUAUUUGAAUAAAAUACUUAAUUUUAUAUUUCUUGGUCUUGAGAAUAAUCAUUGGAGAUUAAAGAUGAUAUCUGCAAUUGCUUUAAUUGAAGUCAUUAAAUUUUCUAAAAUGGAUGAAUAUUUAGAUAAGCUUAUUCCAAUUCUUAUGGAUAUUCUUGAAGGAAAGCUUUGGGAUGGUAAAGAAGUAGUUCUUGAUGCUUUUAUUACUUUACUUCUUUAUAAUGAAAAUUAUUUAUUGGAUAAGGCAUAUUUAAUCCAAAAAAUAUUUAAUAUCUUGGUUCGAGAAACAAAAAGAAAUAAUAUCAAUUACCAGAGGCAUGUUUUAUGCAAUUUCAAUAGAUAUGUGGAGCGUUAUUUAACUCCUGAGAGUUUCGAAAAUAUUUAUUCAGUUAUAGAAAAAAAUAUAUCUAAUGAUUCAGAAAAAAAGGAGAUAUAUGAGAAUAAUGAAAUUUCAAUGCCAAUGGGAUUAGUUCUUCGUGAACAUAGUCUAAAUAUAAUUGCCAGUGCUUUUCAUCCAAAAAGUGAUAGAACAUAUGCUUGUUAUGUAGAAUUAGUGAGAAUUUGGAGGGAAAAUAUUCGAUUAACAUGGAAUAUACAAACAGUAAUAUGUAAAUCUAUUCAAAAGAUUUUUAAAAAAAACUUUUUAAAUACCUUUUUAUUCGAUCAAUUGAAAAAUGGCAACACAUUGUUAGAUAAUUGGAAUAUAAUUUACUAUGCUCUCGGUAAUAAAAAGUAUGAGAGUGUGCGUAAUGAAGCUGUAAAAGCGGCCAAAAUAUUUAUAGAAUCAUUGAAAGAUUGUAAUGAUUUCGAACUGAAAUCUAGAAUUCUUAAGGAUUUUAAUGAAUUUAAAUCGACUGAAAAAUCGUCUAUGAUUAAAGCUGAGUUAAAUCAUAUUUGUUUUUCAGGUUAUUAA